AUUCUUAGAAACUGUUUCGUUUCUUCUUCUCAGAGAUGAUCCACCCCAGUGCAUCCUCACUGAUCUUCCUAAAUAUCUUAUUUUUCAUUGGGUCUGAUACUGUGUUUGGUAAUGUCAAGCCAUAUUCUGCAAUGGGUACUUUCACAGCAACCAUUGUGGAAGAGACAGCCAGUCCAGGAACAAAAAAUCAAUCUGCAGAAGAUUUGCAGGACAAGAAAAAAUGCUAUGUGUGCUGUGAUUUUCCAACUAAAGUGUUAAAAGAAGAAAAACACCACAUGUGUAGGAAUUUGCAGAAUUCUCUAGUUGAAUAUGCAAGAAAUACCAAGAAGAUGAUAAAGAACAUGAUGGAUGAUCACCAGGCUUCUCUGGAUUAUCUUUCCAAUCAGGUCAGUGAACUGAUGAGUUGGGUUAUGCUUUCAAACACAGAGCUAUCUAGAAAACCAAUUGAUGAAUUUCCUCAUCGAGCCGUUCAGUCUCACGGUUUAGAUUGCAGCGAUAUUAAAGAUACUGUUGGCUCUGUUACAAAAACUCCAAGCGGUCUCUACAUAAUCCACCCAGAAGGAUCAAGUUACCCCUUUGAGGUAUUGUGCGAGAUGGAGUUUAGAGGAGGGGGAUGGACAGUGAUCCAGAAGAGAACUGAGGGGCUGGUUGAAUUUCAGAGGACGUGGUCUGACUAUUUGGAUGGAUUUGGUGACCUUGAAGGGGAAUUUUGGCUUGGACUCCGAAAGAUUUUCCACAUAGCCAACCAGAAAACAGCCAGCUUCAUGCUUUAUGUGGGCUUGGAGGCUGAAGAUGAUACGUAUGCAUAUGCAUCAUAUGACAGCUUUUGGUUAGAGGAUGAAGCAUGCUCCUUUAAAAUACAUUUAGGACAAUAUUCUGGAAAUGCUGGUGAUGCCUUUAGAGGAUACAGAAAAGAAGAUAACCAGAAUACAUUACCUUUUAGCACAUUUGAUGUGGACAAUGAUGGCUGCAAUCCAAUCUGUUCUCUUCAAGAACAGCCUGUAAAGAGCUGCAGCAACUUUAGCGAGAAGACAGGCUGGUGGUUCAGCCAAUGUGGUCUUGCAAAUCUCAAUGGUGUUCACCGGUUCACGAGGAGGAUGCUGGCAACAGGGAUUCGAUGGGACACCUGGACUGUGAAUGACAAACCAGUCAAAAUUACAUCUGUUUCAAUGAAAAUCAGAAGAACAUAUUUCAGAUAAUGUAACAAUGAAAUUGAAGUGUAUCACACUCCGAAAUUAGGCGGUCUGAUAGUUCAUCUCAGAUUGAAAUGCACAAAGUCUUAGUUUAGCAAUCCAGCUCUCUAAAUGUUAGAGGCAUUUUGCGCACCUUACUUUGCAAUUGCACUUUCCAGUACAACAUAACAACAUGGGUAUAUCCCACCAUGAUAUAGCUUCAUUUGUUAUAUUUUCACUGCACCGCUGGAUGCCAUCAAUGGCUGAUUGCAUUAGCACUCUCAUUACACAGAUCAGAAAACCUUGAGCAUGAUGUCUACAAUUACUUCUUCAGUGUUGCCAGUUGGCCUUUCUUUACCUUUAGGAUGGGUAAACAUAAUUUAAAAACUCCUAUAGCUGCACUAUCAAUGCUAAUAUGAAAGAGGGGCCUUUAUACGGUUAAAAUCUACCACAGCUUGCUGCAGAUGCUAUUUCAGCAAAUCACUGAGUGCAUAGUAAACAUAGGGCAAGAUGGCAAUUGUAGCAUGAACAAGGAUUUAUUCCCCCUGAAUGUGACAAACAGCCAUCUCUUUAUUUAUAUACCCCCCCAAAGGUCUGUUUUCCAGUCACAACACACUCACUAGUCACUGCCUCUGAGCAGUAGCCAAUGUGGUUAGGGGGGCAUGUGUGUGGCUCACCUGCCACAGAUGAGUGGCAAGCUAAGUGGGGAAAGGGCCUAAUUUGCAGAAUGAAGACAUGAGUUACAGCUGCCGCCACAGGCAUGAAGCAGGGACCGCCCUCUUCCUCCUCCCUCCACAGUGGAGGGAGGUACCCCAUGCAAUUCCAUAGAGGCUGCGGUGGCUAACUUUGUCAUUCUGAGGGCCCUUCUAGACAUCCUUUAUAUCAUGCAUUCAUUCAUUCUGAUUAGGGCUCAUGAUGCUACCAGGGCAGUCAUACAUGAUCCUGCUUUCAACACUAAUUGUAGCCUCUGGAUAACACUAAUGUGGUAACAUUGGGGAAGUAUCACAGAACAAUUAAGAAAGCAGAAUAAAUCUACUAGGGCUGUGCAAUGGAUCUGACUGAAUCCUGGAUCCCAAACUGAAUUGGGCUGAUUCAGGUUGACCCAGGAUUCAGCCAGAUUGGGUUAGCCCCAGAUCGCCCUAGGUUAAAUUGGGUCCACCCAGAGCAAUCUUGGUCUGUCAAAAGGGGGUGGUUUAGGGGCAAGGAGACAUGUAGUCAGUCUGUGUGUGUUUCCUUGUCACCCCCCUGACCACAAGUUUAAUUAGCGUUUUAAACCAUAAUUAAACACUGUGUAGAGUCCCCAAAUUGGUUUGGGGUCAGGUCAGGUUUCCCACAGAUCAUCCCGAGUGGGAUCAGGGCCCAAAUCAGAUUGGGGGCCCACACACAAUCCUCAAAUCCACCACCAAUGCACUAUUCAACAACAUGUUGCAGACUAUGCUCACAAGUACCAGUCUUUUGAAAGAUAUAUGGAUUAAAACGGAUAUACUUUUUCUGAGUAUCGAAACAGAACAUGAUUAUUAAGAACAUAAGAAGAGCCUGCUGGAUCAGGCCAGUGGCCCAUCUAGUCCAGCAUCCUGUUCUCACAGUGGCCAACCAGGUGCCUGG